GCUUAUUAUACUGUGUAUGCUUUAUAUGGGUUAUUCAUUUGCAUCACAAGUAUUCAUGUUUGCUAAUAUAUCCCAACACCGGGUCUCUCGAGUGUUAUGUAACUAAACAUAUCAUUAUAUUGUGUGGACUCGUAAUCGCAAUAAUAUUUGUCUAUUUAUACAAACCUUGUUUACUUUGGAUCGACUUAUUAUUGAAAGAUUAAGAGAUUAGCCGUCGAAAGCAAACGCUUCUUAUCAGACAAUUAAUACAUAAGAAUAUGUGAACUGAAAUGACUUAUCAGUUAAUAACCACUCAUUACUUCUCAGACAAAACUAUUACUUGAAUAUAAUUUCUUAAGCAUUACAGCACUGGAUAUCCGUUCGGCGAUAAGAUUACGGCAAAUGUGUGUCAUUUAAAUGUUGAAGUGUUGUAGACAUCCAUUAGUGUAUUGAUUGAUAAUGAAAAACACAAACCAUUGCUCUGUUCUCACUCUCCAUGAGUGUAAUACUCCCAUAGCAUAGCAUGUGAUGCCAAUCGCCAAAAGUGAUGCUAAAUGGUUGGCCAGUUGCGAGACAUUCACCCCUUUGGCUGCGAUUGAAGUGAUAUUUAUUGAGCUGAACGCAGGUGCAGGUGCUGUGGAUAGAGCACAGACACCGCACAUACGCCGGUGCUCUCACUCUUCCAGCAGACAAUCCAUAGGUCUCUCCACUAAAGAGACAUCGCUUUCCAAAACCGCUCUCCACUUCAUCUCCAAAAGCUAUUGUCAACUAAUAUUUGAGGCGUUCGUCCCCUCCAUCUCCCAUCCCUUUCCCAUCCCUUCCCCAUUCACUUCAACGCAAUGUUUUGAGUCCCCGAAGAAGUCGUCGUAUAGUAAUUGUGCUCAAGUUGUUCACCACAACGACUUCCCAGUGAUGCUUCUGGAGCCCAGACCUUUCAGGCCCUUCAAGACCAGCGAAGAGUAUUUGUAUGCAAUGAAGGAAGACCUGGCGGAAUGGCUCAACACCUUAUAUGAACUGGACAUCAGUGCCGACAACUUCAUGUCCCAACUCGAGACGGGAGUCGUACUCUGCAGACACGCCAAUCAGGUGCUGAAGAGAGCGCGAGAGUACGAGGCGUCGGGCCGUCAGAGUCUGAAUAUAGCGAUUCCCGCGAAGGACGUGGUGUUCCGUCUGAGCGUAAAGCCGGGCACUUUCCCCGCCAGAGACAAUGUGUCCAACUUUAUCACCUGGUGUCGACUCUUGCAGAUCCACGAGUGCCUACUCUUCGAGACCGACGACUUAGUGAUGAGAAAAAACGAGAAGAGCUUUAUUUUAUGUCUUCUGGAAGUGGCGCGAAGGGGCUCUAAAAUCGGCAUUUUAGCGCCGACUUUGAUUCAGUUCGAGGAAGAGAUCGAUAGAGAGUUGGCUGAAGAGUCGGAUGGAGAUUCAGAUAACGAAAGCGAUGACAACCAGACAAGACCACAAAUAAUCACAAAUGAUCUCAAGUCAUUGCAUGAAAGGGUUGUGGAGCUGUUGUCCAGGUGCUCGUGUCCAACGCAAUACAAUUUAGAGUAUAUAUCGGAUGGAAAGUACAGAAUCGGUGACACAAAAGUGCUUAUAUUUGUCAGGAUUCUGCGAAGUCAUGUAAUGGUCAGAGUAGGCGGGGGCUGGGAUACUCUGGAGCACUAUCUGGAAAAGCACGACCCCUGUAGGUGUGGGAAAGCUGGUCGUCGUUCCCGGGCAUCACUCGAGCCAAUUGUGAGUCCGACCCGACAUUUCCGAGUCCUCCGCGACCCCAACGCCGGCGGACAACGCGUCUCACUAUUUCGUGUCGUCUAAUGUAGUCAUCUCUUAAUUGCCAUUCAAUGCAUCCAACGGUUGCUUUGAAUAUAAGCUGCAAGUUUCGAGCCCUACCUCUUCCAGUAGUUGAUCAUUGGAUGUGAUAGACAUAUUCAUGUUCACUAUAGUUAUAGCCUUAACCAUGUACAUUUUUUAAAUCAAUUAAUUUGUUUUUAAACAUUUUAAAUAUUUAUAAGUUAUAUAAACAAAUUGCUCAC